UCAAAUCCAUUCAUAUUGAUAUCUAAUUUGUCAUUAUUAAUUAAUGAUUUUACCAAUGAAAAUUAAGAAAACAACAAGUACGAAGCUUAGUUGCAUCUUGCUUAAUUGGGACGGCAAACCAAUAGUUUUCAUAUUUUUAUAAUUACAUUGUCAAAGCAUCUUUCGUUUUUAUUUGUCAUUUUCUCAUUACAUCUUGUUCAUUGUUGUUCAUUAUUCCUUAAUCUUAUCAUUUCUUAAUGUUACCCUUAGAUUGUAUCAUAUCAUUACGUCUUGUUCAUUGCUGUUUAUUAUUCCUUAAGGGUUGGCGUAAUCCUAUGCAUUAAUAUUUGAUUAUUUAAUAUUCCUUUCAUGUGGCGAAACUUCUUAGAGCUUUCCUGGAUUUCUAUUCAUAGAAUAACACAGUGAAAGUUUGUAGUGAUUGACUCGACUUCCCUUUAUUGGUGGACUUAGAACCAUAUUCGGUGCUUAAUUGCUGCAAUCCUCUUUUGAAUUAAAGACAAACUCUCGAUAUUUUGCAGUAUCGUAACAAUUUUGAAGAGGUUUCCUAGGCAAGGCUCUAGGUUAUAUUUAAGUCCCUUUCUUAUAGUUGUCAUUCUUAUCUUUCUAUCAGUCAUUUCAUUGCAUUCUUCUCCUACGGAGUAUUUAUUAAGCAGAUGGGGAAUCUGUUCUGUUGUGUACAAGUUGACCAGUCCACAGUACUGAUUAAGGAGAAAUUUGGCAAGUUUGAUGACGUCCUUGAACCUGGAUGCCAUUGCCUACCAUGGUUCCUCGGACAUCAGAUUGCCGGCCACUUGUCUCUGAGGUUGCAGCAGUUAGAUGUGCGUUGUGAAACCAAAACAAAGGACAAUGUUUUUGUCAAUGUUGUUGCGUCUAUUCAAUAUCGUGCCCUGGCAGAUAAUGCAAGUGAUGCUUUCUACAAACUCAGCAACACAAGGCUCCAAAUUCAGGCAUAUGUAUUUGAUGUGAUUAGGGCAAGUGUUCCCAAGCUAAAUCUGGAUGAUGCUUUUGAACAAAAAAAUGAAAUAGCUAAAGCUGUGGAAGAUGAACUCGAAAAGGCUAUGUCUGCUUAUGGGUAUGAGAUAGUGCAAACACUCAUUGUUGACAUUGAACCAGAUGAGCAUGUGAAGCGGGCAAUGAAUGAAAUUAAUGCUGCUGCAAGACUGAGGGUGGCGGCCAAUGAAAAAGCUGAGGCAGAGAAAAUUUUACAAAUCAAAAGAGCUGAAGGUGAAGCAGAGUCCAAAUAUCUCUCAGGGCUUGGUAUUGCCCGCCAGAGACAAGCAAUUGUAGAUGGAUUAAGAGAUAGUGUGCUGGGGUUCUCUAUCAAUGUUCCAGGGACUACUGCAAAGGAUGUGAUGGACAUGGUCCUGGUCACCCAAUACUUUGACACAAUGAAGGAAAUUGGUGCUGCUUCAAAAUCCUCUGCUGUCUUCAUUCCCCAUGGACCUGGUGCUGUUCGCGAUGUAGCUACCCAGAUCCGUGAUGGACUUCUUCAGGCUGCUUCUCAACAGUAAUUUGCUACUUAUCAAGGCAUAUAUGGCGUUGAUGUUUGGAUAACAGUCAUGCAUUUGUGAUUUCCAUCAAGUUUUCAUGCGUCUGGUUUUGUUAAUUGACAAUCUAUUAUAGCUACUAGCGUGCAUAUGAUAUUAAGCAAGUUAUUCUGCUCUA